AUGGCGAUGAUGAUGACUGGCCGUGUGCUGCUGGUGUGUGCCCUCUGCGUGCUGUGGUGCGGUGCCGGCGGGGUUUAUGCGAGGAACCCUGACAACAAUUCACUGGGCGGCUACAUGGCGUCGAGAGGGUUUGGAAGGAAUACGUCGUUUUUGUCAAACGGAUCUAUUAAAAACUUAUCCACACCGCUUUUGCUGUCAGCAUCGUUUAUCUCUGCUAUGCAAGCCGAAGCUCGUGAAGGAAAAGUUUCUUCUGCAAGGGUUACUGAUUCACAUUUAAGUGGAGCCACGGGUCUUGUUCCUGCUUUUUCCGAUCUUGGUGCCUCCAGUCCCCGUCCCACUGUUCCCGGUCAUGGUGCUGCUGUUCCUGUCCCUGGUUCUGUUCGUGGUCCUGAUGCUCCUAUUCCUGGUGUUGCUGUUCCCAGUCCAGGUCCUUCUGGUCCCGGUCUUCGUGCUGCUGGUCAUGGUCUUGGAGCUUCUGUUCCCAGUCCUGCUGUUCCCGGUGCUGCUGCUGCUAUUCCUGGACAUGGUCCUGCUGGUCCCGAUCAUGUUCCUGGUGCUAUUCCCGGUCAUGGUCCUGCUGUUCCGGUUCCUGGCCCUGGUCCUGUUCCUGGUCCUGCUGUUCCUGGCCCUGGUUCUGUUCGUGGUCCUGAUGCUCCUAUUCCUGGUGUUGCUGUUCCCAGUCCAGGUCCUUCUGGUCCCGGUCUUCGUGCUGCUGGUCAUGGUCUUGGAGCUUCUGUUCCCAGUCCUGCUGUUUCCGGUGUUGGUGCUGCUAUUCCUGGUCAUGGUCCUGCCGCUCAUGGUCAUGGUCCUGGUGCUAUUCCCGGUCAUGGUCCUGUUCGUGUUCCUGACGCUAUUCCUGGUGCUUCUGUUCCCGGUAAUGGCCCGGUUGUUCCCGGUCCUGCUUUUUCCGGUCUUGAUGCUGCUGGUCAUGGUCGUGAUGCUGCUAUUCCUGGUCCUGGUUCUGCUCGUGGUCCUGCUCUUUCCGGUCUUGGUGCUGCUGGUCCCGGUCAUGUUCCCGUUGGUCCCGAUCAUGGUCCUGCUAUUCCCGGUCAUGGUCCUGCUGGUCCCGGUGCUGGCCAUUCUGUUGGUGGUGGAAGUGAACCUCCGGACUCUCGCUCUGUCGUUACUUCCUCAAGUCAAGGUGGUAAUGGAAAAACAGCCCCGGUCAGUGUUUCAUCCGAUGAGCAGAUUGUAUCCUCGAAAGAAGUUUCGGCACAAAAGGAAACAGGGAGUCAGGACACCUCUUCGCCCGAAGGACAGCCAACGGUGUCAUCCAACACUGAAAAGCAAAGAAACAAUUCUGCCUCAGCAGGGGGUCACAGUCUUGGCCACGACGCCGCGGGAGAUGAACUCCAAGACUCUUUGGAAGAACAAAAGAAAAAUGACCAUUCACAAACGAACGAGACAAAAAAAUCACCAGGGGACCAAAAUACAGAAUCCCAAAGCAGUGGAGGAGCACUCUCGGAAGUAUCCAACACAACAACGCAUGGGAUAAAAACUCAAGAGCCAAAGACAAAUUCAGCAAAUGAGAAGAACUACAGUCAAAACACGGAUGCAUCCCACUCCACCUCCCCUCUUUUGCUUCUUCUUGUUGUUGCGUGUGCUGCUGCAGCUGCGGUGGUGGCCGCGUGA